AUGGGAUCACAGGAGGAUUUCAUCAUCAACAAUAUUGAGAAUGGAAUAAGCGAUGAUCGUAAAGAUUUAGUAAGCGGGAAUAAUAAUAUGAAUGGUGAGAAUAAGGAGCAGAGUGUUGGGAAGACACCUCAAAACUUGUCAUCCUCCAUGGUACGCAAAAAGUCCGACCCGAUUCUUAUUACUAAUGUUCGAUUUCAGAUGCUCAGAAACUUUGUAAACAAUUUGCAAGAGGUGAUCCUUGGCACCAAGCUCGCCGUGCUUUUUCCGGCCAUUCCUCUCGCGAUUGCAGCAGAUUUUUACCACUUCGGAAGACCUUGGGUUUUCGCUCUGAGUUUGUUGGGACUCACUCCACUUGCUGAACGUGUCAGCUUCCUCACUGAACAAAUUGCAUACUUCACUGGUCCAACAGUCGGGGGACUUCUUAAUGCAACGUGUGGAAAUGCAACAGAGAUGAUAAUAGCAAUAUUUGCUCUUCAUGAGAACAAAAUAGAUGUUGUCAAGUAUUCUUUAUUGGGUUCCAUUCUCUCAAACCUCCUCCUUGUUCUUGGCACUUCUCUACUCUGUGGAGGCUUAGCCAACAUAAAGAAAGAACAAAGAUAUGAUAGAAAACAAGCCGACGUUAAUUCACUACUGCUGCUGCUGGGGUUACUAUGUCACAUGUUGCCACUUUUGUUCAGAUAUGCCUCUGGAGUUGGCAGUUUCUAUGCCACCUCCACUCUCCAGUUGUCAAGAGCAAGCAGCAUUUUUAUGCUUAUUGCCUAUGUUGCUUAUAUCUUCUUCCAGUUGAAAACACACCGCCAAGUGUUUGAUUCACAAGAGGAAGAUGAUGAAGAGGAAGAGAAACCAGUGAUUGGGUGUUGGAGUGCAUUUGGUUGGCUAGUUGGUAUGACGAUUAUCAUAGCGCUGUUGUCUGAGUAUGUUGUGGGUACAAUUGAGGCUGCAUCAAACUCUUGGGGCAUUUCUGUGACCUUUAUCAGCAUUAUUUUGCUACCAAUUGUGGGAAAUGCUGCAGAACAUGCUGGAUCGAUCAUAUUUGCUCUCAAGAACAAACUGGACAUAUCUUUGGGUGUUUCUUUAGGUUCUGCAUCUCAAAUCUCCAUGUUCGUGGUCCCUUUAAGUGUGAUUGUUGCUUGGAUAAUGGGGAUUGAAAUGGAUCUUGACUUUAGUCUCCUUGAAACUGGUUCUCUUGCUUUCACAAUAAUUAUCACAGCCUUUACAUUGCAGGAUGGAACCUCACAUUAUUUGAAAGGAAUCAUUCUUUUUCUCUGCUACAUUAUUAUUGCAGCUUGCUUCUUUGUUGACAAAACUCCCAUGAAUGAUUCAAAUGGGAGCAAAUUGGAAAAUGUACUUGAAUUAUCUUCAAAUUAUUAUGCUGGAGUCUUGUUUGCUUGA